AUGGCCGGCCCCAGCCUCGCCUGCUGUCUCCUCGGCCUUCUGGCGCUGACCUCCGCCUGCUACAUCCAGAACUGCCCCUUGGGAGGCAAGAGGGCCGCGCCCGACCUCGACGUGCGCAAAUGCCUCCCCUGCGGCCCCGGGGGCAAAGGCCGUUGCUUCGGGCCCAAUAUCUGCUGCGCGGAAGAGCUGGGCUGCUUCGUGGGCACGGCCGAGGCGCUGCGCUGCCAGGAGGAGAACUACCUGCCGUCGCCCUGCCAGUCCGGCCAGAAGGCGUGCGGGAGCGGGGGCCGCUGCGCAGUCUUCGGCCUCUGCUGCAGCCCGGACGGCUGCCACGCCGACCCUGCCUGCGAUAUGGAAGCUACCUUCUCCCAGCACUGAAACCUGAUGGCUCCAAGCACCUUCGAAGCGUGCCACUCGCUUCCCGCAUAGCCACCCCAGAAAUGGUGAAAAUAAAAUAAAGCAGAUUUUUCUCCUC